UCCAUAUGUGGUUUAAUUUUCUCCCCGUACCACGGGUGGCGUUGAGUCGGCUCAGUUUCUUGAACGGGGGCCACGUCUCGUUCGCCGCCCGCCGUCUCUCCAUCACCUGGAUGCGCCCAACGAAGCCAUUACACAAUCUUUGCUCGCCGACGUGCAACCACUAGACGACGUUCUAAUAUUCAUUGCAAGGAUACUCGUCGUCAAACCUCUACCCGGUCCACAACGACCGCUCACUCGCUGUAACCUUGCACAUUCGGCAGUCUCAACCCCAUCCUGUCGGCCCUUCGCCGCGACGCGAACACUGAUGACGGGUGACCUUGACCGUUGGCUGGGCUCCGUCGGAAAACUCCUCGGCAUGGGCGACCGCAAGAAGGGUCUGGGUGACUUCGCCCUGGACUUGUUGCUGGUGGCUGGCAUGAUGGCAACCGGCGUAUACCUUGCAAGGAACUUCUUGUCAUCGCUCACCAACACCCUCGCUGACCCCGAUCGAGAGAAACACGAGCAAGCACGAUUGCAGGCGAAGGCCCACCUGGAGCGUUUGCGCAAAGGGAAGAACGCCGGCAAAUCUGGCGAAGACCCGUCCGACGACAGCAACGCAUCUCGCCGCGGACCGAAGCCAGAAGAGUUGGUGUUGAAUGAGUACGAGAACCUUAUUGCUCUGGAAAUGGUGUCCCCGGAGGAUAUCCCUAUUGGGUUCUCUGACAUUGGCGGCUUGGAGGACAUUAUCGAUGAGCUCAAAGAGUCUGUCAUCUAUCCCCUAACUAUGCCACAUCUGUACUCUCAUGCGGCACCACUUCUGUCCGCUCCAUCUGGCGUAUUGCUCUACGGCCCCCCUGGUUGCGGCAAGACCAUGUUGGCCAAGGCGGUCGCCCGCGAGAGUGGCGCAUCUUUCAUCAACUUACACAUCUCGACUGUUACCGAGAAGUGGUAUGGUGACUCGAACAAACUGGUCCGCGCUGUGUUCUCCCUGGCUCGCAAGAUGCAGCCUGCUAUCAUUUUUAUCGAUGAAAUCGAUGCUGUCUUGGGCACAAGAAGGAGCGGUGAGCAUGAGGCUAGUGGUAUGGUCAAGGCAGAGUUCAUGACCCUUUGGGACGGUUUGACAUCGUCAAACUCUUCAGGUAUGCCGGCCAGAAUUGUGGUUCUGGGGGCGACAAACAGGAUACACGACAUUGACGAGGCCAUUCUCAGGCGAAUGCCCAAAAAGUUCCCGGUUUCUCUGCCAAGCAAAGAGCAGAGACGGCGCAUUCUGCAGCUCAUUCUCAAGGACACAAAGACCGAUGCAGAUUUUAGUCUGGAAUAUAUCACAAAAGUCACGGCCGGUAUGUCGGGCAGCGAUAUUAAGGAAGCAUGCCGCGAUGCUGCCAUGGCGCCGGUUCGUGAGUAUAUGCGAGAGCAUCGGGCGAGCGGCAACUCCAUGUCCAACAUCACGCCUGAGCACUUUCGGGGGAUCCGUACAGAAGACUUCUUUGGAAGGAAAGGUGGGGGUCAGAUUCUAAUGGACAAUCAUGCCAAGCAUUCAACGAAAGCUUCAGGGGCAUCAGCAACAGAUGAGUACGAGGAUAUGGUGGAGGAGUUGGGGUGAGAAGGAAUACAUCAGUCGACGUAAAUAGCAAAUGUCGGACUAUGUGUCAGCACGUUUUGAAAGCGUGUAUCUGUUUGACCACGUUAGAAGCGUCGAACCGGAAGACGAUUGUUUGAUUUUCUGUGGUUUCAAGGAUAGAUUUACGCGGCAAGGGCAAGACCAAAAUCUUCAGCAUCUUGCAACGCCAGUUUCUGUACGACAAGUGUGCAACCUGUACGGGGCUAGUAAUGCAUGGAUAUUAUUAGACCAUGAAGCUAUACAAGCCGUUGUUGAUUGACAGAUUCUAUGAGUGCAUGUUCUGCCACCUAGGUAGCUCGAGCUUUUCUAGGGUUGUUUCGAUGGACAGUGGCUGC